CAUGCUCAGUAGUAUCUGAUGUUAAAAACUUGACGGGUAGCAGAGAAAGGGGCUCCGGCUAGGCCGGUUUGAUUUUCGUCGCUGGGGUUCCGGGAUUCCUGCACGCCAUGGGGAAGAGGGAUAACCGGGUGGCAUAUAUGAAUCCCAUAGCAAUGGCUAGAUCACGAGGUCCUGCUCCCUCUUCAGGACCUACAAUACAAGACUACUUGAACAGACCAAGACCAACAUGGGAAGAAGUAAAAGAACAACUAGAAAAGAAGAAGAAAGGUUCCAAGGCCUUAGCAGAAUUUGAAGAAAGAAUGAAUGAGAACUGGAAAAAAGAACUGGAAAAACAUAGAGAGAAAUUGUUAAGUGGAAGUGAGAGCACUUCAAGAAAGAAAGAGAAAAAGAAAAAAGAGAAGAAGAAAUCCAGUAGGUUGUCUCCAUCUUCCUCUUCCUCAUCAAGCUCUGAUUCUUCCAGCAGUUCAUCUGAUGUUGAAGAUGAGGAUAAGAAACAAGGAAAAAAGAGAAAGAAAAAAAAAUAUUGCUCCCUACAGAAGUCAUCUGAAAGCUCUAGUUCAAACUCUGAUUCAGAUAGCAAGGAUAGCCUAAGAACUAAACGGACAAAGGAAGAUUAUGAAAGAGACAAGGAUUCCAAAAGUCUUGUUAGGAAAAGAAUAAAAGCAGAUCAUAUGGAAGAAUUAUUGCCAUCAGACUCUUCAUUGGAAUCGAUUCAAACCGAGGAGGUACAAGCAAAAAAGAAGAAAAAUAGUGAAGAAAAAGAGAAAAAUGUAAGCUUAUUUUUUCUGUCUAAGAAUUUUAAACUCCAUUUUUUUUAUCAGCAUGAUAAAACAAAAAAGCGGAAGAAACAUAAGAAGCACAGCAAAAAGAAGAAAAAGAAAACACUCAAUUUGCCAGUUCCUACAGCUAGUGAUUAUCUUGCCAAUUUACAAGCUGUUUAUCAGUUGGUGCAACGGCAACUGGAUAAAGCCAAGGCGGAUUAUAAAAAAGUCACUGAUCAGUCUUGGCAUGAUAUGCCAACUUUGGCUAUUCGUCUGACCCGGGGAAAGGGUCCUGUGGUGAGGGAUAGUGUUGUGAUCCGUUGGCUGCCAACAGAGCUAGCAACAGAGUCAGAUGAGGGGGAGGGGGAGCCUGGGUCAACUUUGGAGCCUUUGGAAAGUUCUGAUGAGGAAGCAGAAUCAGAGGCAGAUGCAGAGCCAGGGCCAUCUGUCUGUGCCCAGGCGGAGAGGCAGCUGUCUUCGGGGUCUGAACUGAGUGAGGGGGAGGAAUAG